UAUAAACAUAAGCAAUGGACGGACUUGAUUUCAAUCAGGCCGCGCAAAAUGCGCAGGCCAUCUCGCAUAAUACACAAGAGAAGCAGAUGCAAGAGGAAGCAAAACGAGAGAGCAUACUGGAAGCAAGACGCAUGACACUUCGGACACUUCUCACAGUGGAAGCACAAGAAAGACUCCACCGCAUCGCCAUGGUUAAACCAGAAAAGGCAACGCAAAUUGAAAACUUCCUAUUGCAGACAACAUUUAAAUCUGGAAGACGUACCAAAAUGGAUGACGAAGAACUUAGACACCUAAUUGAGUCUAUGAGCACUAACAGCUCCAGUAAAAUAUCAAAUAUAAAGAUACAACGCAAACGCUGGAACGACGAUUCAGACUCAGAAUCUGAUAUUUAAAUAACAGAGCAGUGCAACGGCGGAGACUCAAUACUAGAAUCUAGCACGCCAUCAGGAACCAGCUUCAUCACACAGACGCACUUGUUCAGUUGCUUCUCAUGAGUAUUAGCAG